GCUCCGAAAUUCAUAAUAAAUUUGACGUAACCUUCGGCACCCCUUUUCUUUCCUCUCUCUUUCAUUUAACAUGGCAUGUUCAAAAUUUUUUUCAGGAAAUUUGCCUGAGUUAUUAAACGAAGUCAUACAAUAUUUUCAUUAUGACUAUAAAACAUUACAUUCAUGCAUAUUAGUUAAUAGAUUAUGGUGUCGUUUAGCAAUUCCAUUAUUAUGGGAAGAUCCAUUUUCAAUCAGAUUUCCUAAGAAUUAUCGUUUUAUUGAAAUUUAUUUGUGUAAUUUAAGUGAUGAUGAUAAAACAAGAUUAAAUAAAUAUGUAAUCCAUAGUGGCUUAUUUCCUUCAAAUACAUUAUUUAAUUAUCCUAAAUUCAUUCAACAUUUAGAUACAUAUAAAGUCAGUGAUUCUAUUAAAACGUGGGCAUCUACAAAUUUACCAACUUCACAUAUAGUGAACUUUAUUACAGAACUUAUUGUUAGAUCUUUAUUUUUGGAUAAAAUAGAUGAAUCAUUAGAACCAUUAAUACAAAGAUCUGGCAAUUGUUUAGAAAAUUUUAAUAUUAACAAUUAUAAAUCACAACAAUUAUUACAAUCACUCAAAUUAUAUUGUAGAAAUAUCAAGUUUUUAUCUAUUGAACUACAUUAUCAGAAUGUUGAUUUAAUAUUCAAUUUAAUUAAAAAUAUUAGGCAAAAUCUUAAUUAUCUUAUUAUUAAUUCUGAUGGUAAAAUUAAAUUUAGUUUAAUUUUAUUACAUAAUUUAGGACAAAUUCUUCCUUUUAAAUUAGAAUAUUUGAGAUUGGUUCUUGCAAUUAAGGGAAGUGAUUUAGAAGUAUUCUUAAAAAGUUCUCAAAAUACUUAUAUUAAAAAAUUGUCAAUUAGAAAUGCAAAGAAUGAAGGAACUAGUCAAGAUAUUUUACCCUAUAUAAAAGAAUAUAUAGUGAAAAAGAAAAGAGUUAAAUAUUUAGCGAUUUUAGAUGUUUUUUGUGGAAAAAAAGUAGAUUUGUUUUCUUUGAAAGAUGAAGUAAAGGAAUUUCAAUUAUAUGAUAUUCAAGUUCUAGAUUAUUAUGAUUCAAUUAUUAAUAUUUAUGAUUUUAUAAAUAAUAGUUAUUGGUUAGCGGGGGUAAAAUAUCGAGGGGUGACACGAUAUUUUAUCCACCAUAACCAAUAA